CACACAAGACCACUCUUUACGAUAAAUAUCGAGGAAAUACCCUCCACGCUGCACAUCAGCCGCUACCUGUGAGCAAGGGCUAAUAACUACUACCUAGGGAAGACAAGGAGAAAACAACAGGAGGAGCGCGAACGCCUGGCAAAAAGAACACAAAGAAACGCCACUGCGGAUCCAAGCAACUCCCCGCGACAGGGCAAGGAAGACACGCAGCAGCCGAACGCGUCUCGUAGAUUCUGGUGGUGGAUUUCGUAGAUUCUGGUGGUAGAUACCCGGGCGUGAUUGCGGAGCGUGGGAGACCCGCGGACAACAUGCAGGCGCCCACCCCUUCCAAGACGCUGUACAUCGUGGCGAAGGAGGCCAGGGGUCUCAAAAACGUCCAGCUGAUCGGCCGACAGGACCCUUACUUGAAGCUGUGGGCCGGGCGGGCCGGCACGAAGGUGAAGACAAAGGUGCACGAGGACGGAGGAAAGGUCGCCACGUGGAACGAAACCUUCGCGUUCGACCUCCAGAACGUAGGCGCGGAGGAGUACUUGUUCUUCGAGGCUAAGAACAAGAACGUCACGGACAGCAAGACCAUCGGCAUGGGAAAGAUUUCUCUCAAGUACUUCGGACCCGUGGCUCAGGCGACCUGGCACAAGAUCUACAGCAUCAAUGGGAAGGUGGCCGGGGAGGUGCUUCUGGAAGGGAGGAUGGACGACCGGCACGGGAUGUCCACCCAUGGAGCACCGAUGGUGGGCUCGACACCCGGCCUUGGUCAGCCAUCUUCCUCCCUAAUCCCCCCGCAAUCCUCCAUGCACUACCCCCAACACCAAUCCGCGGGGGGGUACUCACAGUCGACGGGGUACGGCGGCCGGGCCCCUCAGCCAUCGUUGUCGACCUCCGCCUACGGCGCCUCCCGUCCGCCAUCGGGAUACGGCGGCGUUGCCCCCCAACGAUCGCUGUCAACUUCUAUGUACGGGCCCCCCCGUUCGGCGUCGGUUUACGGGAGCUCUCGGCCGCCAUCGUCUUCGUACGCCCCCCCCCAACCUGGAGCAUCAUACGGCGGCCCUCAACCACCGUCAGCGGCGGGGCGGUACAAUCCUCAAGCGCCGGCAUCGGCGUACGGUAGCGCUCCUCAGGGACCGAUAGCGGCGUACGGCGGCUCUCGAGUCGGUGCUGCGCCGGCACCGGCACCGGCGGGGUACGGAGCGACUUCCGGCGGUGGCUUGGGUGCCGCAGCCGGUGCGCCGCAGCGAAACCCGAAUGCCGUGUACUACGGCCCUGCCGCCGGCAGCGGCGGCGGCGGUGGAGCGGGAUUUAGCGGCGGGAGCUAUCGAGCCGGGGCGCCGCCGACACCGGCCAUGUCGCUCAAAUGGGGUACCCCGGCGGCGGCUCCGGCGGCGGCUCCGACUACGGCGCAAUACUCGACGUUUGGGGGUCCCGAAGCGGCGCAAUCUUCUGCCAGCACGGCCACACCCUACCAUGCGCCUUUGGCCCCAUCGGCCCCGUCUGCACCGCCGGCGACGGCUCCAGCACCGGCAGCAGGGUACUCGAACGGCAGCAGUCCCUACAGCAACGGCGGUGGCAGUGGUCCUUACGGCAACGGCAGCAAUCCGUACGCCAACGGCAGCGGCGGGGGUGGUGGAGGUGCUCGUCCACUUCCUCUCCCCCCAGGCUGGGAAGAGAAGGUCGCAAGCGACGGACGGACGUUUUUCGUGGACCACAAUACAAGAUCAACCCACUGGGUCAGACCAGUAUGAACGCAAACCCAGGCCCUCGGGCCCGCCUGUCCUAGCCUGAUAUUCGGAAGUUUUUGUUCAGGAAGGUACCGGCCGCUCUCUGGGGCGUUUCUUUCGUGGUCUUUCACGUGUUUGUGUGCCGUAAGCGUGGACGAACAAACAACCGCGAUGAGCAAGGAAGGGCUUUCCUCCCGCAGAAGGUCGUGGCUGUAUUUUGACGUUUGUUUCAGAUAUUUCGGAGAGAGAUGGCGUCGUAAAGUAGUGGGAACGUGACAGCAUUGGUUGGCCGGUUGUUUUUCUGGCUACACAACAGCAAGAAGUUUUGGUGUAUUUUUUUGCUUGCCCCACCACGUUUCCUGUGUCGCGUGUCAUGUUGUGUAUGGAUGGAUGCCAUCGAGAGGUAGUAGUCGUGCCCGCUCUAUCGUGCGGUUUCGGUGUUGGAAGAACUCCAACUGGCCCCUUGCUUGUCGUUACUAUAUAUUAUUGGUGGUCCUUUGUGGCCACCCGUUGGUUGGAAAGGUUUUAAUUGUACAGGAGGGGAGAAGAUUUGCAGCAUGAUAGGGCACUGCUGUACACAACGAGUGGUAGUUACUAGCGCUUGCUCGCGCCCCCAAUGUUAAUUGUUUGGCUUCUUUAUUCGUUGUCUAGUCUUCUUGGCAGCAAGGUUGCUCAGACAAAAGCACCACAAUAUUUCUGUCUGGAGGGACAGGCUAAAUAAGGAGACAUGGCGGAAGAGCUAGCUUGUUGCCGAAUCCAACCAAGGCUGCUUACCUUCCAUCCAAGUUGUUCGACCCCCCACCAUUGGGCUGUGUUCGCAAGAUUGUUUUUUUGUGUCGAUGUCGGGAUUGUGGGUGAAUCCCAUGUGGUGAAUUCCGAGUGGUGGUAUUUGGCUCGAACCUCUUCAGGAUGGUUUCUCGUAACCCCCCCCCCUGCAGGAACUCUCCACUUCGAACCCGUUUUGGGAAGUCUUCAUUUGUUGCGGAAAGGCCUGGCUCUCUCUGUAGUAUUGCAGCGAAUUUUGUCCAAUCUUAGACAGGGCGAGUUGACCAAUGACCAGUCCAACUA